CGGGUAUGUCAAUAAUCGGCGGGCAGCUCGGCACAUGCGGGCGAGACACGAUCUCAGGGGACUUCUGCGCGUAUAAAAUCAGCGGCCAGACGACCAUGCUGCGACGCAACUCCCGUUUCCGCACCUCGUCCAGCAGCCUCCGAGAUGUCGAAACUUGAAUUUCCCGACCCGUUUCACCUCAAGGAUAGGGACGAGAUCCGCCUGGAAACGCUGGUCGAGUUCCGCAUGCGCGCCCUGGCUGGAAAGAUCAUCGAAAAACCCAACUGGUGGAACAAAGUGCGCGACCCGCUCGUUGUACGCAAGUGGAGGAAGGAGUUCCGUCAGAUAGACAAGGUGCUCAUUGCGAAGUUCUGGACGCCGCUCAAGAGAGGUCGUUAUGAGCCACGCAUUGAAGAUGAUGCAGGCGAUGACGACGGGGACGAAGAGCAGGUAAUGCCAGUCACGGUGGUGAUGGGAAUGGACGUGCCAAUGGAUGUGGACCGGGAUGAUGCCGACGGAGGGAACAUGGGCGUCGACGAAGCCGAGAGUGAAGACGAAUACGAGUACGACAGAGACCACACAGACAAGAUCCCGGGCAGAAGGAAGUUCUGGCCCCGGACCAAGGUCACCAAGGCGCAGCUAAACUACAUUUUCGACUGGCUGAAGUGGUUAGCGGAUGUUCGCGAUGUCGAGACAGGAAUCGAGGCAACCCACAUACCCAAUGUCUACCAAUCAUACGGACUGAUUCCAUCGGAGUUGCGGGCUGCUCUCCUCGACGGUUCCCGUGUCCUCGAGUCGGUUCCGGAUGCAGAGAAAGACUGGCAUCCUGGUAGUAACAACCAGGUGCUCGACCUGAUCCACCCAUCACUGCACUGCUUCCGUAUCGGCAAGACGCUCGUGAGGAAUCCCGAGACUGGCAAACUCUAUGUCCCCUCCUUCGACGAGUAUAUGCUAAUGAGAGAAGAUCUCGACCUCGGCAUGUAUCGCAUACAGGGCCAACGCUAUUCUUUGUCCGAACAGCACCAGUGGCUUCCCACCGACUUCAUAAUCUCCCAAACCGGUGAGGUCAACAACGUCUCAUACAUCAAUAACCUCCAUCCGGAUCAUUUCAAACCGCUGUACGGCACGAUCAAUUCGGUCCUGGCAAGGUUUCUACUCCUUUGGGAGCGGGUGCUCUCAGACACUCGGAACCCCAGGGACCCAGUGAUUCAAGUCGACCCGUACGGAUGGUACGAAAAUGAUCCGCGACGUACUCCUGAGCCGCAGCAGGAGGCAUUCAAGAAGAAAUCCCCGGGGCCUGGAGAAAAUCUCAACUUAAAUCCCUUGUCAGCGUACUACGAGGCUCACUACCAAUGGUCCUGCAGGAGGUUGCCCUUCAUUCCCGAUCCGCCCCCGUUUUCCCCGCCCAACCAGAAUCAGAAGGCACACUUCAAUCUCAAGGGUCGGACCAUCCAAGUUAUCGUCAAGAUGGCGAACAUCAUGUUGACUCCCGAAAACCGAGAGUACGCUGGCGGCUCUUGGCACGUCGAAGGCAUGGAAAAUGAGCGGAUCGUGGCGACCGGCAUCUACUACUACGAGUCCGCCAACGUCACCGAGUCGAAGUUGGGCUUCCGCACUGCUCUGUGUGAUGACAUGUACCUGCGUUAUGAACAAAGCGACUGGCUUGGCUUGGCCAUGGCAUACGGCCUUGACGAAUACGAUGGCACGUUGAAUCAAGAAUUGGGUUCGGUGACGACGAAGGAGGGAAAGUGCCUCGCGUUCCCCAAUAUCUGGCAACACCGCGUCUCGCCGUUCAAGUUGAUCGACCCCACGAAGCCCGGUCACCGCAAGAUCCUUUGUUUCUUCCUCGUCGACCCGACUAAGAAAAUCCUCUCGACUACUGUUGUUCCGCCCCAGCAAGCUGACUGGUGUAUGUGGGAGUCCGAACGCGCUCCCGCCUUGAGGAACCUACCUGUGGAGUUGUUCGAAAUGGUGACGGAUUACUUGAAGCCUGAUGCCGAGGGCAAGGGCGGGGUCAUUACCAUGGAGGAAGCGAAAGAGGAAAGAGAGAAGCUUAUGGAGGAGAGGAGGAACGCUCUGAUCACGCAGAACGAGAGGGUGUACGAGGCUGAGUUCAACAUGUGUGAGCAUUGAGGAAGGCCCUGGGGCUCCUUUGUAUGUACUAGUACUUUAAGUGCUGCUGGUAGUGCUCGUGUACAGGAAUAGCACGGACCAUUGAUCGGAACGUUUUCCAAGAGAACUGAAUCGACAUCCUCAACACCG